GGCGGAGGGCGAGGAGGCGGGUUCCGCACGCGGUUGGCCUGGGGCUGAUCCAGUCUUCAGCUCUCGCUGGCUGGGAGUCCGGGGCAGCCACAGAGGCCACACCCAGGGCUUGCUGGUCCCGCGCUUUCCGGAGCUCAGCAGGCGCUUGCUGCUUGAACUGGCCAAAGAAGGAACGAAUGAAUGACCCUUUUGCCAGGAUGGAGACCCGAGGGCCUCAGGGAGCUGCGAAUCCCACGGACUCCUCCCGCAGCCUGGGGGAUCUCGAGUCUUUUCUGAGCGAGGUGGGGCGCGGGGCCCCGCUGGCUCCGGGAGCCCGGAAUCCCGCGACGGCGGGGGCGAGCCGAAGCCAGGGUGGCGGCCACGAGGACAGAUCGGCAGGUCGGGCCCUCGGACCUCGGGCCGGAGAGGAAUUGGACCGUGAGUCCUGGGUCAGGGAGAAAGUACUCUUUCUCCUGCACCCAGAGAGGUGGUUAGGGACUCAAGGGGACCCUGCACGGGAAAAGGUGGCCGGCGCAAAGGACCUUCCUCACGCGGCGGGUGGAGAGGACCACGGCGAGGAGCCCAAUUACCCUUCUGUCUCUCAUCGAGAAAAGCGAAUUUCUGGCAGGCGUGUAGCCCCGCCGCGGGACCCAGCAGACCCAUCCAAAUACGUGCUUGUGCGGGUGGAGGAUUAUCAGGUAACACAAGAAGUGUUGCAGACCUCCUGGGCCAAGGGUCGCAUGACCACCAGGACUGAGGAGCACUCCGUGACCGCGCUCACUUUUCGCAGCAGUAGAGAGGGACAGCCUGGGGGACACCGGGCCCCUGGUGAACCUCGGGAUCUCCAGGAACGAACAGGGGCACCCCGCGUUCACGCCGCGGAGAGGAGGGUUUCACCGUCUCCAGGGACCUUGCUCGAGGAGAUUAAACUCUAAAGAGUAACCCGAGAAAUGUUCCGGGAUGGUGGAUGAGCGAUCAUCCUUAAAAGAAAAUGCUAUUCUGGGAACUCCAACCAGCAAUUAACCUGCAAAAGGAACCUUUUGAGAGGCUGGCGCAGAACUUCAGGCAGGCAGAUUAAGAACUGUAAGCAGCAUAAUACCUCCUUUGUGGCUUGAAUUCCUUGGCGGUGUGGGGACCUAAGUCAUUCAGAAGAGGGAGAGAAAAGAUAUUUUCAGAUUGACAGAAUGUGGGAGUUUUGAAAUGAGAAAACCUGUUGUUAAUUUGCAUUUUGGAAUAACUCAAUUGAUCUCUUUUCUGUUCCCCCCACGCCACCCCGCACUCUUGUUUCUCUUUAGGACCUAGAAACAGAAGUGAAGUUUGAAGUCUGCUCUCUGCAAAGAGGGUGGGAGUGGGUGAAGUAGAGAGGCUUGUUUUAAAAGCCAAAAACAGAAAGUAAGAAGAAAUGGGAAAAUAAAACCAAAGCAGCAAGUGACUCUCUUCUGAUGUGCACUUUUCAAUUUUCUUCCACACAUUUCAGUGUUAGAAAGAAAAAGAGACGAGCUAGGGAAAGAAGGAGUUGGGGACAGAAGACUAAGAUUUCGACAUGAAAUUCCAUUUACAAGGCUUUACCGCAAACAAUAGCUAAUUUAGUCCUGUAAACAUGCAUUUAUCAUAAAUUUUUAAUUUUAAUAUUAAAAAUACUGCUUGCAAAUGUUCUGAUGUAAAGGUAGAUAACAAUAUGUAGUUUGCCAUAAAAUGAAUGCAUAUCUUAUUCUUUUCCUUAGUUCUUCAUUAAUGAGACCUGUAGUCAAGAAUGGAUUGAAAAUACCGAUCUCCUGGUGUAGUUAAAAAAAUCUCUUCUGGUAUUGCUGAAACAACUAAUUUUUCUUAUUUUGUUUAUUCUUCUUUAUUAUUAAAUACCAUCUGAAUUAACUCUUUAGUAGUUGGCCUGGUUGGAGCUCUGCGAGGAGCAAAGCUGCCCUCUCCAGGUGAACUACUUGACUUUACCACCUGAAGGAGUAUUUACUGCAAGACUUAACAAAGCAGAUGUUCCUGAUCCAAGCAGAACCCUAUUAUUUGAAGAGCCUGACAAAUCUUAUCCCAUUUAGAAGUGUCCUGGGAGUGCAUCCAAAGUGAAACUUGGGCAUCCUCAAUACUAAGAAAUCUCUGAGAAUGGCUGGGUCUUGGCUCUUUGAUCUUACCUCUACUCCACUGAAAAAUACGAUUAUCUAAAAUUGUGUUAGGUGGAUGAACCACAUCAAAGACUUCCAGAGACCACUCCAGUGACCAUAAGACAAAUGUCAGAAUCGCAUAACCACCAGGAUCAGGCAAGUGUCAUCUUCUCUUAAAAAUAUUUGUUUACAACCGCGAUCUCCUUUUGGGAAUCAUUACAUUUGACUUGCUGCUUAUUUUUGUUGGAUGUUUCCAGUGCUUGAUGAUAAAACUUGAUGUGGCUCUUUGCUUUG